AUGGCUAAGAAAAGUAAAUCGAAGCUUAAAUCUAAGAGCACGAAGAGGAUUCAAAACGCCUUAGAGAUUGCCGAGAAAGAACUUGCCGGUGGGGAUUAUUCCGAUAAUGAUACUCAACGGACGAAUAACUCCAGACGCAACGGGACUGUAGUCAACCUUCUAAAGAAGGCCAGAGCUGACAGAGACAACAACGAGGACGAAGAAAGUGAUUUUUCUGGGGAAUCAUUUGAGGAUGAGGAGUUAAAUUCGGACGAAGCUCUUGGAUCCGAUGACGAGUACGAUGUCAUGGAUUCCAAAAUAUCACAAACCCUUCGUGACAAACGGAUAGCUGGAGGAGACUCAUUGUCGGAAGAUGAUGAAGGUGGCUACACGUCGAUUGAUGAAGAGGAGCUAAUGCCUUUGUCUCAAAUCUGGGAUUCUAACACAAAAAACUCUGGUGAAAACAUUGACACGGUUGAGUCUGAGGGUGACGAUGAAAUAAAGUUUCAAAAUGAUGAUAGCGGUAUAUCAUCCGAAUCCGAAUCCGAAUCUGAAUCUGAAUCAGAACUGGAGGAGAGUUCAGAAGAGGAAAAUCCAUUUGAUGAACUAUCUGAUAAUGAAGAAGAUGUGGAGCUGAAGACGAUCAAUGCAAAAUUGCUGAAAGAGUCCUCAAAGACGCAGUCUAAAAGACUUGAAAACUAUGGUGCUGGAGAGGGAAACGAAUUUAUCCUUCCAUCUGUUGUUAAAGACAGCACACAGACUUCCCAAAAACUGACUGUUGAAGAUAUGAUGAACGCACUAGACGACAAAGAGGUUGUUUCACAAGCUACUUUGGUCAGAGGUAAGUCAAGCACCGCUGCAAUUCCGUUACCUGGACGUAUUCAAGCAAGACACGAGCGUAAGGCCGCUUACGAAAUAUCUAAAGAUCAAGUUAAUAGGUGGAACGAUACUGUCAAGCAAAACAGAAGAGCGGAGCAUUUGGACUUUGGGAAGGAUAAAUCUGUAGAUUACAAUCAUGCAUCUGCUAUGACUUUGAACGAUUCUGCUGCUGUGAAAUCUGACUUGCAGGAGAAAGUUGGCCAAUUACUAGAUGAAAGUAACUUAGUCGACCCCCAGAAAGGAUCCACAUUUGAAGAACUUGCAACAGCACCAAUGUCUGCGGAAGAUAUGAAUAAGAGAACAGCAGAAAUGCGUUUAAUGAGAGAGCUCAUGUUCCGCGAAGAAAGGAAAGCGAAAAGAUUAAAGAAGAUUAAAUCGAAAGCAUACCGCCGUAUAAAGAAGAAGGAGAUGCUGAAAAACAGAGAGCUGGCAGGUGUUUCAGAUGAAAGUGACACUGAGGAACAUGAUAUUGCGAGAGCAAAAGAGAGGAUGACGUUGAAGCACAAAACGAAUUCCAAAUGGGCCCGUGACAUGGUAAAGCAUGGUAUGACAAAUGAUUCCGAGACGAGGGAAGAAAUGGAAGAGAUGCUGAGACAGGGGGAACGUUUGAAAGCAAAGGUUCUCGAUAAAGAUUCAGACGAAGAAGAUCGCAAUACUAGACUUAGCGAUAUAGAGGCUGAAGACGAUGAUGUUGGCGUGGAGGAAAAAGCCAAUGUGGGUAAAACGGGUGUCAUGAAUAUGGCAUUUAUGAAAAACGCUGAAGCUAGGGAAGUCGAAGCGAACAAGGAAAAAAUUGCUAAACUAAGGGCGAUGGAUAAUGGCGAAGACGACCUUGAUUUCUUUGAGGACGCGAAGGAGACAGUUUCUGAAAACGUUAGGUUGAAUAAGGGUAGAAGAAUAUACACUCCUGCGAACGUGGAGAGUAAUGCGGAGGUCAAAGAAAUGAUUUCUGAUGCACGUAAAAAGCAAGACAUCGAUGAAUCCGGAACUCUUGUGAACCGUCUCAAGAAGGUAAAUAAUAGGACAGACGGCAAUAUUGAAAUGCGCAUAGUGGAGGAUACUUCAGAUGAAGAGGCAUCCACAAAGAAAGCUUCAGCUAAACCACAAUCUUCGAACCCUUGGCUAAACAGCAGCGAUGACGAAUCUGAGAACACUGGUAGCACCAAAAAAACUGACAAGAUUAAUAUUGUGGACAGGGACAGUUCUCAAAACACGAAGAGCAUGCACAAGGCAAAUAAGGCCAUGGAAAAGCAGGAAAGGAAGAGAAAAGCUGGAAAGAAGAACCGCGAUGAAGAACUGCUUUUGGACACUUCGGGGGCGACUACGCUCGACCUGAAAGAUCCGUUCGGCAAUAAUAAAGAAGACGAUGGCAGCAAGCAAUUCAUGUUUCAACAGCAGAGUGUUAUUGCCGAAGCGUUUGCAGGCGAUAACGUUACUGCCGAAUUCGAAGAGGAGAAGAAAAGAGUCAUUGAGGACGAAGAUGACAAGGAGGAAGAUGUAACAUUGCCUGGCUGGGGGGAUUGGGCUGGUGCUGGGGCCAAACCACAAAAGAAGAAAAGGAAGUUUAUCAAAAAAGUGGCAGGUGUAGUUAAUAAGGACAAAAGAAAAGACAAACACUUACAGAAUGUUAUUCUAAACGAGAAAGUGAACAAGAAGAACAUGAAGUACCACUCUUCUGCUGUCCCAUUCCCAUACGAAAACAAGGAACAAUACGAAAGAUCGCUGCGUAUGCCAUUGGGUCCUGAGUGGACAUCUAGCAGGUCGCACCAAGAAUUUAUAAAGCCCAGGAUUUUGACCAAGCCGAGCCAAGUCAUUGACCCGCUCAAAGCGCCGUUCAAAUAG